AUGGUUUCUUAUUCGAUCUUGUCUGUUUUGGCUCUUGCCUCAGUUGCUAUUGCCGGAGACACACCAAUUCAAUCCGACUCUGCCGACCAACCAUCUUUGCAAGCAAAGUUUGAAAAGUCAGAAAAAUCUGACAUCACUGGUACAAUCACUUUUGAACCAGCAAACAAUGGUUCAGUUUUGGUUAAAGUUGAUGUUGAAGGAUUGCCAUCUUCUGGAGGACCAUUCCCUUACCACAUUCACGAGCGUCCUGUUCCAGCCGAUGGAAACUGUACCGGAACCAAGAUGCACUUGAACCCAUAUGGAGGUAAUGAAAAUGCUACUACUCCACAAGGUUUAGAAGCUGGUGACUUGUCAGGAAGACACGGUAAGAUUCAAGGUACACUGUUGUCUACUGAAUAUGUAGACAACUAUAUCUCCUUGAACCCAGAUUCCAAAACUUACUUUGGUGAUUUGUCCAUUGUUAUCCACUUUGCCAACACUAGUAGAAUCACCUGUUCAAACUUGACUGAAUUGGAAUCAAAUGGAGGUGGCUCAAAUAGUACUUCUUCAAGUGAAGCUGGUGUUUCAACUGCUAACGGUGCUGGAAACUUGCAAACCGGUGGUUUGCUCGCUGGUGCUCUUGCUGGUGCCGCUGCUUUGUUAAUUUAA